AUGGCUUCAUCACCUGUUCCUAGUUCGGCCACGCCGCUGUUCGACGAAGUCUCCCAAAAUCUCACUAGUAAUUUUACGGGAAACCUCACAGCUGUCGGGAACGCCACCAUGACAACGCAAUCGAAUCUGUUUAAAGUUGCUGGCUUCCUGACAAUGGAAGGAAAGCUCAUCUUCAGCGCUCUUGCCAUCAUCUACAUCGGCGCUCACGGUGCCCUGCGCCGUCCGCCGUCUGCCGCCCUACCAAAGCGGAAAAAGGGUGAAAAGCAUGAUCGUAAGGAUGAUGAGCCCAUCACGGAGGGACUGAUGCCCUCCGAUGCCAUCGUAUUCCCGCUACUUGCCGGCACCAUGCUGAUCGGGCUCUACUAUCUCAUUCAAUGGCUUCAAGAUCCGGCUAUAUUGAAUAAGAUUUUGAGGGUAUACAUGUCUUUUAUGGGCGUUGCCAGCUUGACCACGUUGAUGGCGCAUUCGUUAAGAGCUGGCGCAGGAUUUAUAUUUCCAAACUGGGUAAAGGAGGAUGGCGUCCUUUGCCGGGUUGACGAUGACCGGGAGGCAUUCGUCAAAGUCAAGACAAAUGGUGAAGACGAAGAGGAUGAGCUGGACCUGUUGCCGGCUGGAAACCCUCUACCAUAUGGUUUGCGGAAGAUUGUGGCUGUUAAUUCUGCUAAAGCGAAUCGUUUUUUCUGGGAUGUGCGGCAUCUCCUGACGGACGAGUGGACAGUAAGGGCCAAGGUACACGGCCUUCUCAAAGAGAAGUUCCACAUGUCCGUCAACCAUAUUCUCGGCUUCCUCUUAGCUUUCGCAACGGUUUCGACGUAUUACAUGACUGGCUCACCCUUCCUCUCAAACAUUAUGGGCUACGGCUUCUGCUACGGCUCGUUCUUGAUAAUGUCACCCACGACAUUUGCCACUGGCAGCUUGGUGCUUAUGGGACUUUUCAUUUAUGACAUUGUCAUGGUCUUCUACACGCCUUACAUGAUCACCGUUGCCACCAAGCUCGACGUUCCCAUCAAACUUCAGUUCCAGUCUGCUGCUAGAUCCAGUAUUCUUGGUCUUGGAGAUAUUGUUGUUCCCGGUAUUGUCAUGUGCCUCGCCCUCCGCUUCGACUUAUGGCUUCACUACCAGCGAAAGAUCCAGUAUGUCCCGACCGACCUCAAGUCAGACAAGCAGGACAUCAAAUCUGGGGACGUUGUCACUGUCAGCGAGACGAAGCAUAUGACUCAGAAGGCUACCUGGGUCGACAUUACCGGCUGCUGGGGUGACUGGUUUUGGUCAUCAUCGUGGCUUGGCCUUCUCAAGGGCGACGAAAACACGCCGCCGACUGUUCAGGGAUCAACUUUCAGCAAGACUUACUUCAACGCCUCACUGGUUGGAUACACUUUGGGCAUGCUGGUAACUCUCGCUAUGCUUAUGAUCUUUAACCACGGUCAGCCUGCGCUCUUGUAUCUUGUGCCAGGCGUCCUCGGCUCCCUAUGGCUGACGGGUCUGGUACGAGGUGAACUCAAGGAGAUGUGGACCUACACCGAGGACGGCAGCCUUGAUACACGCGACGUUGUGGUCGAGCUCGACGGCAAUGGUAACGUCGUCAAAGAAAUCAAGAAGGACGAUGAAAAGGAGAAGGAGAAGAAGCGCAAGAUGGAGGAGGAGAAAGAAGCGGAAGAGAAGAAGCUGGCGGAGCGUAAGGAGGCCGAGAGGGAUGCAGAGAAGAGCGAAUAUAGUAUAGUCUCAUUCUCCAUCACUGCUCCGCUUAGAAAGCCCAAGAGCCAGUAA